AAUGUACUGGUGUGUGGGAACGGAGGAAUCCGCUGUUUGCAGGGAGAGCACCAUGGAUCCACAGAAUGGAACUGUGGACAUGGGUGGCAAACAGUCCACAAGUGGCGACGUCUCCGUCACCCAGACCCCUGUGACAGAAAGCAUCCAGGAUGCCUACAAAGCUGGGGACACCAGCAAGGCCCAAGAGUUGAUUAGGUUGUCCUGUGAAGAGACUGCACUACAAGUGGAAAAGUGUCAGCUUUUAGGCAUUGCAGCAGCAUAUGGGGACCUGCAGGCAGUGAGGUACCUGCUGAAGGAGGCGUUGGUGGUGUUACCAACAGAGCCCAACGAUGACAAUGCAGCGGUGGUGGCGGCGUAUUUUGGGCACAAGGACAUCGUGAAAGAGCUGCUGGAUUCCCUGCGUGGUCCCAAUACUUACCAGCAGCUCCUGAACUGGAUGCUGGCCAUAGCCUGCCAGCAGGGCCAUUUGGACAUUGUCAAGCUCCUGAUCCGUGCCUACAGUGCUGACCCAGAGAGCUGUGCAGUCAGGAGGAACGAGUUCCCCGUCCUCAUCCGCCUGCCCCUCUACGCUGCUAUAAAGGCAGGGAACGAAGAUGUAGCUGUGUUUUUGUUGAGGAAUGGAGCUUUCUUUUGUUCCUACAUCCUGAUGGACAGCCCUGAAUCCAGCAAACACCUUCUGAGGAAGUAUUUCAUUGAGACAACCCCACUACCAGGUAGUGCUCCAGCAAAAACAGCUUUGUGUGUGAACUGGUCAAACCUCAAACUGCCCUGGGUGGAUCUAGACUGGCUGAUCGAUAUCUCCUGUCAGAUAACUGAGCUGGAUCUCUCUGCCAACUGCCUGGUGUCCCUCCCCUCCGUGAUCCCAUGGGGGCUGAUCAACCUGAGGAAGCUCAGCCUGGCUGACAACCAGCUGACAGAGUUACCCAGUGUGCAGUCCUCUGAUGAGAUCAUUUGUACAAGGUUACUCGAGGUUGAUGUAUCCAGCAACAGGCUCUCCACUCUCCCUACUGGAUUCCUACAUCUUAAAAACCUUAAAAAACUCAUUGCUUCCAAAAACUCUCUGGAGAAGUUGUUUGACGAGGAAAACACAACUAAUUGGAUUGGUUUAAGGAAGCUGCAGGAGCUUGACGUCUCUGACAACAGGUUGGUGGAACUUCCAACGGUUUUUCUAUACUGCUUCAAGUCCCUAAACAUACUGAAUGUUUCCAGAAAUCAGCUGAAAGUGUUUCCAGACCCCUGGGCCUGCCCCCUGAAAUGUUGUAAAGCCUCUAGAAACGCACUGGAAUUCCUACCUGAUGCAUUGACUGUGUUCUGGAAAAAUCACCUGAGAGAAGUGGAUUUUUCUGAGAAUUCACUGAAAGAAGUUCCAACAGGACUCUUCCAGCUUGAGGCUUUGGUGUCCCUGAAGCUGCUGGGAAAUCAGUUAGUUAUGUUGCCUUCACAGGAUAAGUGGAACUGCAAACAACUUAAGUCGCUGGAUCUUUCAAAAAACCAGCUUGGGAAGAACGAUGAGGGGUUUAAAACGAAGAGGAUCCCCUUUUUCACCACCAAGAACAGGGUGCGUGGUGGCCCCGAGGCAGGUCCUUUUUUGGAGUUUCCAGCAUUUCUGAGUGAUUCUCUGGAGGUUCUUUAUCUGAACGACAAUCAGCUGGACUCUGUCCCUCAGUCCGUUUGCCUCCUGAAAGGUUUAACAGAGCUUUAUUUAGGAAAUAACCCUGGUAUCCGAGAGCUUCCUCCAGAACUUGGACAGCUGGCUAAUCUCUGGCAGCUGGAUAUCGAGGAACUAAAUAUCAGUAACGUUCCUGCAGAGAUCAGAAAAGAGGGCCCCAAGACGGUGCUGGCGUAUUUACGAGCGCAGCUGCGGCGGGCAGAGAAGUGCAAGCUGAUGAAGAUGAUUGUCAUCGGGCCCCCCCGGCAGGGCAAGUCCACGCUGGUGGAGAUCCUGCAGACAGGGAAGGUGCCCCAGAUGAUGCACAGCGAGGCCACCAUCCGCACAACCAAGUGGGAGCUGCCCAAGCCCGUGGGGCACAAGGCGAAGGUUGAUUCAGUGGAGUUCAAUGUCUGGGAUAUCGGAGGCCCAGCGAGCAUGUCUACAGUCAAUCAGUGUUUCUUCACAGACAAAGCAUUGUACAUAGUGGUCUGGAACUUGGCACUGGGGGAAGAAGCUGUGGCAAACUUACAGUUCUGGUUGCUGAACAUUGAGGCCAAGGCUCCAAACUCAGUGGUGUUGGUGGUAGGAACACACCUUGAUUUGAUUGAGACGAAAUUCCGUGUGGAGAGGAUAGCAACCCUGAGGGCCUAUGUCCUGGCUCUGUGUCGCUCUCCCUCUGGAUCCAGAGCAACUGGCUUCCCAGAUAUCACCUUCAAGCACCUGCAUGAGCUCUCGUGUAAGACUCUGGAAGGCCUCGAGGGACUGCGGCAGCUGAUUUUUCACGUCACCUGCAACAUGAAGGAUGUUGGCAGCUCAAUUUGCUCCCAGAAACUUGCAGGGAGAUUGAUACCAAGGAGUUACCUCAGCCUCCAAGAAGCUGUCCUUGCAGAACAGCAUAGAAGAAGUCAAAAUGAUGAUGUGCAGUAUUUAACAGACAGACAAAUAGAGCUGAUGAUCGAGCAGACACCUGGAAAUGACAUCAAAGACUAUGAAGACUUGCAAACUGCCAUUAAUUUUCUCAUAGAAACAGGGACACUACUGCACUUCCCAGACACGAGCCAUGGCCUGAGGAACCUUUACUUCCUUGACCCUGUCUGGCUCUCAGAGUGUCUACAGAGGAUUUUCAACAUCAAGAGCUCCAAGUCUGUAGCUAAGAAUGGAGUCAUCAGAGCAGAGGACCUCAGGAUGCUGCUGGUUGGGACGGGUUUCACCGAGCAGACUGAAGAGCAGUACUUCCAGUUCUUGGCCAAGUUUGAGAUCGCCCUGCCUGUGGCCAAUAACAGCUACCUCCUCCCUCAUCUGCUUCCUACCAAGCCGGCGUUAGAUAUCCACGGGCUCUGCCACCAGACUGCAAACACGGUCCAGAGGGUCUUCAAGAUGAGCUUUGUCCCCGUUGGCUUCUGGCAGAGGUUCAUAGCUCGAAUGUUAAUUAGCCUGGCAGAGAUGGACCUCCAGCUCUUUGAAAACAAGAAGAACACCAAGACAAGGAACAAAAAGGUGACCAUCUACAGCUUCACAGGCACACAAAGGAACCGCUGCAGCACGUUCCGAGUCAAAAGGACUCACACGGUUUACUGGCAGGAAGGUCUGUUCGUUACCUUUGAUGGAGGCUAUCUUAGCGUCGAGUCUUCUGAUGUGAACUGGAAAAAGAAAAAAAGUGGUGGAAUUAAAAUAAUUUCCCAGUCAGAAGUGAGAGACUUUUCAGCCAUGGCGUUCAUCACGGAUCAUGUCAACUCUUUGAUAGACCAGUGGUUCCCUGCCCUCACAGCCACGGAGAGCGAUGGCACGUUGCUGAUGGAGCAGUAUGUGCCCUGCCACAUCUGUGCAGCUGCCAGGCCGGAGCAGCGCGAGGGCGGCGAGAGGGCGGAGGACGCGCAGUACUUCAACAUGGAGGAUUGUGUCCUGACCGCCAUCGAGCUGGACUACAUCACAUGUCCUAACCACCCUGACAUCCCCGUGUCGCUCCAAGAGCUGGUCCCAGAGCUUUUCAUGACUGAUUUUCCUGCCAGACUGUUCCUGGAAAAUAGCAAACUGGAAUGCAGUGAAAAUGAAAACAACGUUCUUGGCCAGGGUGGAAGUGGAACUGUUAUAUAUCGGGCACGAUACCAAGGAAAACCAGUGGCUGUGAAGAGAUUUCAGAUUAAAAAAUGCAAGGGUUCUCCCACUUCAGCUGCAGAUACCAUGCUGAAGCACCUGCGGGCCAUGGAUGCCAUGAAGAACUUCUCGGAGUUCCGCCAGGAGGCCAGCAUGCUGCACUCCCUGCAGCACCCCUGCAUCGUGUCCCUCAUCGGCAUCAGCAUCCACCCGCUCUGCUUCGCCCUGGAGCUGGCCCCGCUGGGCAGCCUCACCACCGUCCUGGCUGAGAACUCCAAAGGUUCCUCCUUUGUGCCACUGGGACACAUGCUGACGCACAAAAUAGCCUACCAGAUCGCCACAGGCCUGGCCUACCUGCACAAGAAGAACAUCAUCUUCUGCGACCUCAAGUCGGACAACAUCCUGGUGUGGUCCCUGGACGUCAGGGAGCACGUGAACAUCAAGCUCUCCGACUACGGCAUCUCGCGGCAGUCGUUCCACGAGGGCGCGCUGGGCGUGGAGGGCACGCCGGGGUACCAGGCCCCCGAGAUCCGGCCCCGCAUCGUCUACGAUGAGAAGGUGGACAUGUUCUCCUAUGGGAUGGUCCUGUACGAGCUGCUGUCCGGGCAGAGGCCUGUGCUGGGACACCACCAGCUCCAGAUUGCAAAGAAGCUGUCCAAAGGGAUCCGUCCUGUCCUGGGGCAGCCCGAGGAGGUGCAGCUCUACAGGAUGCAGGCACUCAUGAUGGAGUGCUGGGAUACUAAGCCAGAGAAGCGUCCCCUGGCCAUCUCUGUGGUGGGGCAGAUGAAAGACCCAACCUUUGCAACGUUUAUGUACCUGCUGCCCUGUGGGAAGCAGUCUUCCUUCUUCUGCUCCCCGGGGCAGGAGUACACCGUGGUGCUCUGGGAUGGGAAGGAGGACACCAGGAACUACACAGUGGUGAACCUGGAGAAAGGAGUCAUGGAAGUGCAGAGGAUGAGCUGCCCAGGAAUGAAGCUGUGCUGCCAACUCAAAUUUCAGAAUGCCCUGUGGGCAGCCACGGAGGACCAGAAGAUUUCUGUGUAUGGAUUGCAGGGCAUGUGUCCCUUAAAGACUCCACUGAAGGGUUUAGACACUCCUGCCACUGUGAGCUGCUUCCUGGUGAUGCCUCUUCUGAAAAGGAACUCAUAUGUGGUGCUGGCUGGCUUGUCAGAUGGACUGGUAGCUGUGUUCUCAGUGUCCCAGGGCCUGCCAGGAGACAACUGCUCCUACCUGUGCUCCCACACAGCCAACAGGUCCAAAUUCAACAUCCCGGACAGCGACCCGCGGCAGAACCCGUACCCAGUGAGGGCCAUGGAGGUCACCAGCGGCGGGGCCGAGGUGUGGUACAGCAACGGCCCCGGGCUCCUGGUCAUCGACUGCGCCUCCAUGGAGAUCAGCAGGAGGCUGGAGCCCUUCAGCCCGCCCUCCAUCAUCACAUCCAUCGCCUGCAACUCCGAGUGCCACGGCGAGGAGGUGCUCUGGUGUCUGGAUGACAAAAGCAACUUCCUGGUGAUGUACCACGCCACCAGCUACCAGCUCUGUGCUCGCUACUUCUGCGGGGACUGCAGCCCCCUCAGGGACAUGUUCACCAUCCAGCAGCCCUCGACUGCCAUCCCAGCCACAGCCCCCAUCGGCCAAGGGGCGAUGGAGAGCAACCCUCCAGGGGAUGUGAGCAUCAUGUACAGCCCAGACGUGGGCACCCAGAUCCUGAACCACCAGGACUCGCUCACAGAUUACUGCUCUGUGUCUUCCUACUCCUCCUCGCCUCCCAACGCGGUGACCCGCUGCCCCUCCAGCCUGCCCAGCUCGCCCUUGAGCUCUUCCAGUGCACCCUUCUCCACGGAUUUUGAGGAGUCUGAGAAAUUCCACGAGCUGAAGGCUCCCCUGGAUCAUGAUGCUUCACCUGUGGGUGAGAACACAGAGCAUCUCCAAGCAGUCAAGAUUCUUCCUGUAAAAGACCUCAUCUGGAUCCCCAGGAGAGGAGGGGACAUCAUCGUUAUCGGGCUGGAGAAGGAGUCGGGCACGCAACGGGGCAGAGUGAUCGCGGUGCUGAAGGCAGGGGAGCUGGCUCCCUACGGGACUCUGGUGGAUGCGGCUCUGGUAGCGAGGGACACGGUGGUGUGCUGCUUUGAGAACGAGCACAUGGAGAGGUGCCUGGCUGUCUGGAGGGGCUGGAGUGCCAGAGACUUUGACAUUUUCUACCAGGCCUACGAGGAGCUGGGCAGGCUGGAGACCUGCAUGCGCAAGAGAAGGUAGUGCCCGUGGCGCUGCACCCAACAUCAGCGGGAGCGUCCUGGACUCGGAGACACACCAGGGCUGAUGGGGGGACUGUGUGUCUGGUUUGCUGCUAGUGAGCACC